AUGUCUCACCAAUCGAUAUCUCUCGUGAAGAAUGUAAGUAGAAUCAGACCCGUGACAGUUAUCCACAGCAAUGUGGCGAACGCGGUACGCCAGGUGAUGGAAGGAAUGCACGCACCGGUCUACUUCGAGACAUAUGACAUUAAAGGAAACAUGAACCAUCUCCCGCAAGAAGUGGUCGACUCGAUACGGAAGAACAAAGUUUGCUUGAACGGAACCUCCUUGUGUUGUGGUGGUGCAAGUUAUAAGGAGCUUGGCCUCUUUGCAUCUCUGGUCAACUGCUUCAAACUUAGUAGACAACCGAGUCGCCGCCACAAGAACGUUAACAUCGUGGUGAUCAGAGAGAACACGGGUGCAGAACACACAUUGCGUGAGCACGAAGCUGUUCCCGGUGUCGUCGUGAGCUCUCAGGUGACAAUGACAAUGUUCUGGUCAGAUCGUAUCGCAAAGUACGCUUUCGAAUUCGCUCAACUAACCAAGAGGAAGCAAGUUACAGCAGUACACAGCAAGAGCAUGAAACUAGCUGAUUCUUUCUUCUUGGAAUCUUCUCAAGAAGUUGCAAAGAUGUAUCCUAUCAUCACUUACGACGAGAUCUCUGCUGGGAGCUGCUGUUCGCAACUUCUAGAGGAACCAGAGCGGUUCGACGUCCUUGCGACUCCAAGUCUUUAUGGGAAUCUAAUUGCAAACAUUGCUGGAAGAGGCAAUGGAGAUAGCAUUAUGCCUGGAGGAAGUUUUGGUGGUGAGUAUGCAGUGUUUGAGCAAGUUGGAUCGGUGAGGAACAAUGAAAACCCAGAAGGUUAUGAUGCUCAGACAUCUUCAGCCUCUUUCAUUCGCUGA